CACAGCAGAGACCUUGAACACCCACUACUGCCAGAUCCAAUAUUUGCUGGCCACAGCGGAACCACGAUCGGACCUUUGGCUGACCGUAGUGGGAUCAUGUCUCAGGACUCUAAGUCCUUCCACACCCUAAUUUCUCAAGUGCCCUCUGCUCCCUUGCAACGACAGCGACAGCGACUGGAAGGUCCUUGCCUCAGCGCGCUCUUUCCUUUUGCUUCCAGCACUUUUGCAAACUUUUCUGUUCCUACAUUAGGGUGCUGGCUAGCCUUUGGAGAUGCGCAGGCCUUGGGGUUGCAAGGGCAAGGGUUCUUGGCCCAGCUGAUGAUGUUCCUAAUCAGUUUCAUAAGCUCAGUGUUCUGUGGCCACUUGGGCAAGCUGGAGUUGGAUGCAGUCACACUGGCAAUUGCGGUUAUCAAUGUCACAGGCAUUUCAGUGGGACAUGGCUUGUCUUCUGCUUGUGACACGCUCAUCUCCCAGACAUACGGGAGCCAGAACUUAAAGCACGUAGGGGUUAUCCUGCAAAGGGGGACACUCAUCCUGCUCCUCUGCUGCUUUCCCUGCUGGGCACUCUUCAUCAACACCGAGCAAAUUCUGCUGCUCUUCAGACAGGACCCGGAUGUAUCCAGGCUCACCCAGACUUACGUCAUGAUCUUCAUCCCAGCGCUUCCUGCAGCUUUUCUUUAUACGUUACAAGUUAAAUACUUGCUCAACCAGGGCAUCGUUCUGCCUCAGAUUAUGACGGGCAUCGCAGCUAACCUUGUCAACGCCCUGGCCAACUAUGUGUUUCUCUAUCACCUGCAUCUUGGGGUGAUGGGUUCAGCAUUGGCCAACACCAUCUCCCAGUUUGCCCUGGCCAUUUUCCUGUUCCUCUACAUCCUCUGGAGAAGACUACACCAAGCCACCUGGGGAGGGUGGUCCUGGGAGUGUCUGCAGGACUGGGCCUCCUUCCUGCGACUGGCUAUCCCCAGCAUGCUCAUGCUGUGCAUAGAGUGGUGGGCCUAUGAGGUUGGCAGCUUCCUGAGUGGUAUCCUUGGCAUGGUGGAGUUGGGAGCCCAGUCCAUCACCUAUGAAUUGGCUAUCAUUGUAUACAUGAUCCCUUCAGGCUUCAGUGUGGCUGCCAACGUCCGGGUGGGAAAUGCACUGGGCGCAGGAAACAUUGACCAGGCCAAGAAGUCCUCAGCUAUUUCCUUGAUAGUCACAGAGCUCUUUGCUGUGACCUUCUGCGUCCUGCUGCUAGGCUGUAAGGAUCUCGUGGGCUACAUUUUCACUACCGAUCGGGAUAUCGUGGCCUUGGUGGCUCAAGUGAUCCCCAUUUAUGCUGUGUCCCACCUCUUUGAAGGUCUUGCUUGUACCUGUGGUGGUAUCCUGAGGGGCACUGGGAACCAGAAGGUUGGAGCCAUCGUUAAUGCCAUCGGGUAUUAUGUCAUUGGCCUCCCCAUCGGGAUCGCGCUGAUGUUUGCUGCUAAGCUGGGAGUGAUCGGCCUGUGGUCAGGCAUCAUCAUCUGCACUACCUGUCAGACCACGUGCUUCCUGGCUUUUAUUGCUCGGCUCAAUUGGAAACGCGCCUGUCAACAGGCUCAAGUACAUGCCAAUUUGAAGGUAAACGUGGCCCUGAAUUCCGCUGUCUCUCACGAGCCUGCUCACCCAGUGUGUCCUGAGAGCCAUGGAGAAAUUAUGAUGACGGAUCUUGAAAAAAAAGACGAGACUCAGUUGGACCAGCCGAUGAACCAGCAACAAGCUUUGCCUAUCCGUCCAAAGGACAGCAAUAAACUGUCUGGGAAACAGUUGGCCUUACGGAGAGGACUCCUGCUCCUAGGGGUAGUCUUAGUCUUGGUGGGUGGGAUUUUAGUGAGAGUCUAUAUCAGAAUUGAAUAAUGUGGGAAUGCCAUCAAUCCAGCAACUUGGGUGCUCCUCAGUCUGUGAAGUUAAUGCUGAACAAAUCCACCCCACAUUGAAACAUCAGGGCUGGGGAUACUGCAGACAGCAAUAUGUUCAGCAUGUUCUGGGCCCUCUAACAUAAGUUCUCUCUCUCUCUCUCUCUCUCUCUCUCUGUAUGUGUCUCUCUUUGGGUGUGUGUUUGAGAGAGACAGAGAGAGGGAGACACCCCCCCAAGAGAUAUAAACAGAAAGACAAAGAGACAUAGAUGAGACAGAGGCAGAGGAGAUGCUCUGGAGUGGACAAUGCCUGCAAUAUACUUACCUACCAAAUACCAGUAUUCGAAACAUUGUACCAACCGGAAUGUUGAUUUUGCACCCCUGGGAUUGCAGGGAGUCACCUGGAGACUCUAGCUCACUGCCACUGUCCCCAUGUUUCCAAAGGAUAGUGUCACACAUUGUGAACCCAGGAAAAGCUCCCCGUUCAAAAACAGUCUCUUCUGAAUGCGUGUCACUUUUGCAUCAAUGUUAAAGUUGAGCCCCUGGAAAGUGAAUCACUGUUUAAGUCUGGGCCCACGUGCAGUUUUGAACAUAGAGACAAUUCAGAGCCAGUCAUUAUAGUUAACAGAAUUCAACUGUGCCCAUGGGAAUUAUGAACUGAGAAUUCAAAAAUUUUGUUUCUCUAAUAAAUAAGGUAAACACCAUAUAGUGCAAUGUGGGGGAGACUAUGGGGGAGUAUUAAUUCAUCUGCCACUGUCAAACAUGCACUGCUGUCUACUGUCUUCAUUCCGGGCUGGAAUUCCUAUUUCUUCUGCCUAUUGUUUUCUAUGCUACAAAACUAUAUCUGAACUGCUUCUAUAUUCUUGCUGUGUGACUUCUAUUAAAUACAUUUUAUGAUAUGUC